AUGAAAAGCCAGACACGACAAUCUGGCAAUCAUCACUCGUCUCAAUCCAAGAAGAAGUGUUCGCCAUCUUCAUAUGAGAAUACACCUGCAAAAGAAAUAAGUCCUCCGCAAAUACCAUAUUAUUCUGGUAUAUUAAGUGAAUCUAAUAGAACAGUCCUACAAAAGCCGUCUCCAGUGAAGACUACACUUCACAAUACACCGUUGACGCCAUCAGUAUUUCUUCAUGAAGGUAACAUGUUGCAGGCCAUAUACACUGAAGUGAAUGAACUGAAAAGUGAUGUGAAGAUAUUGAAAACAACUUUGACUACAAAAGAAACAGACAAGAUCAUAGAAGAUCUAAUACCAAAUCCUAUUGCUGCAGAAGGUGAUCUUAAUGCUCUCAAAAGGAAGAUAGGAUAA